AUGGCAAAUUAUUUUCGACGUUUCAUCAGAGGAUUUGCCGCCAUCGCCGCCCCUCUAACCGAACUUACGAAGAAGGACGUCCCUUUCGAAUGGACCUCGACGACUGAAGAAGCUUUUUGAGACUUUGAAGCAGAAACUCGUCACUUGUCCCGUUCUUCAAGGUCCUGCCAUUGACCAGCCGUUCAUCCUAGAGUCUGACGCCAGCGGAAUCGCCGUAGGAGCCGUUCUUCUCCAACGAAAAUCGCCAGAAGAACCGCCACAUGUCAUCGCUUAUGCAAGCCGGAAACUCAACAAAGCUGAAAGGAUCUACCCGCCAAUCGAAAGCGAAGCUCUUGCUCUUGUCUUCGCCGUCACUCAGUUCAGAACUUACAUUCUCGGUCUCAAAACGACCGCGAUUGUCGAUCACAAGCCGCUAACGACACUCCUGAGAAGACGUGACCUCAUCGGAAGACUCGCCAAAUAUCAACUAGUUCUGAGCGAGUACAACUUGGAAAUCGUCUACCGUCCAGGACCUGAAAAACUUCGUUGGAGAUGCUUUGUCUAGGUAUUUCCCAGACGAAACGAAGGAACCGAAGCCGUUGCCAAUGAAGCCGAAGCCGAAGCCGAAACCAGCAAAAGAGACUUCAGUUGCUGCUGUGGAAGUCGAAAAUCUUGCGCCUCAAGUCGAAAUCGAUCUCGACGAAAUCAGAGUCGCCCAAGAACGCUCCGAAUAUUGCCGAGAAGCCGUGAAAAUUCUUCAAAAAGAACGCCGAAGACGACGACAAGAAAGCCAGAAACAUCCGGAAGCGCUACAACCUCGAGAAUGGUCUUCUCUACGAGCGACAACGUUCAGGAAUUUCUGCGGCAGUUCUCCAUGUUCCGAUAAAAACUGCGGAUCCCGAAACCAUUGCAAAGAUCCUGAAAAGGUUUCACCAGGACGCCUCAACAAGCGCCCAUGCCGGAAUCGAGAGAACUGCUUCUGCCAUACGUCGUCGUUUCAACUGGACGAAUCUCCAAAAAAAGACGUCGAGGAUUUUUGUGAAUAAAUGUUUUCUCUGCCAAAGAAGAAAAAAACAAACCCUCACGAGACGACAGUCGAGCCCGCAGAAGAAACUUCCAGUCACUUCUUCGCCAUUUGAAAGAUGUCAUAUUGACGUUCUUGGUCCGCUUCCAAUCACGAUCAACGAGAAUCGCUACGUCUUGACCAUCGUCGACGCUUUCUCGAAAUGGAUCAUCGCCGUGCCCCUUCCGAAACAAGAUUCUGCCGCCAUCAACCGCGCCUUCACAGAAAAUCUUGUCCUGAAGCACGGGCCGCCUUCGAUGAUCAUCUCCGACAAUGGAACGCAGUUUGUGUCGAAUUCCUUCAAAAAUCUUCUGAAAAAGUGGAAGAUCCAACACCAGACGACAGCUCCAUACCACAAAACUUCCAACGGACAAGUGGAACGAGUUCAUCGUACCCUCGAGGAAGCUUUAGCUUCUUUUGUGAACAAUUUCCAAUCAGAUUGGGAUAGCUACCUGCAAGCAGUUGUCUUUGCUUUGAACACCCUACCAGGAGCUUCCACAAAACUUGCGCCGUUCCACGUCCUUUUUGGUCGUGAGCCUCGUCUGCCAGAAGACUCAACUUGGAACACGAACGUUGGACUUUCUUUCAUCGACAAAGAAGACUACGUUGAGUAUCUACAACUUCAACUGAAGGAAGCCUGGAGUUUCGUCAAGGAAAAACUCCAAGAAACAGCGGAGAAACACGCCAAGAGGUUCGACAACGCAAACAGAACAGCGCCAAGGAAGAUCGUCGCCGGCUCAACAAUUCUCGUCAAGAGAGCUUUACCGAAAAACAAGCUUUCUCCAUUUUUGUUUGGCCCUUUCACCGUUGUAAAAGUCAAUGGUUCGAAUGUAGAGUACCUGGACUAUGGGAAAACAUUCGUGGCUCACAAAAAUGACGUCCGCCAGCUGAAAUCGAAGCCGCCUACGCCAGAAGAAAUCAUCGACGAGGACGUCGAAGAAGAAGAAGAAGAAGAAGAAGAACCUGAAAAAGAAAAAUAUAUUAGAAGAAGCCGAAAACCAACCGAACACAGCUUCACCGUUGUCGUUGCCGCAGUCUUCAACCACGAAUCCAGCCGCCAAAAAAAGCCGCCGAUUCGGAAGACUCGCAGCUCGACGGCCAAGCGACAGUCGCCGAAUUUUUUUCCGCUUCUCCCUCGCCGCCGUCGCCCGUAUCUACAAAGGACCGCACCGCCAGUUCGACACUCCAGUCGACUAGCAGUCCGGCCAGCAGUCGCCAAUCGUCGCCAGCCAGCCGCCCUCCAGCCCGUUCGACUACACGCCGAGCAGCAGCUCAGCCAUCAACUACAAAGCCGAGAACCCGCCGAGGAGCAGCCACGCCGACGCCGCAGAGGUCGACUACUCGUGAUGCCGGACGUCAUCGUGGGCAAGACACUGAGAAGAGUGCGAAUCCAGCCGCCAUCGAUGAAGACCGCCUUCGAAGAGCCACCCCGGAGGAUGACGAUCCUUGCAGCUCGAAGUGGAGCCGUUUUCGUCCAUCGCGAUUUGGACGACUAUAGUCUCUAAGACAGUAACCUAUAAGUUUGUUUAUUUUUUUUUUUAUUUGUACUUGUUGUAUUUUAUUUUUUUUGUGUGUGCUAUUAUUUUCUGUAUUUUUUGUUUGUUUGAGUGCCACUAUUUUAGCUAAGAAAUUUUUAAGCGAAAGCAAUAAUCUAACCUCCCUUUUCAGGAAUUUUUAAAUUUUUCUCGCUGUUAAGAUCUCCCUUUUAGCCUUAUUUUUUUGCUUUUAACAAAAUGCUUUUCGCUAGUUAAGAAUCAUGUUUUUUUGUCAAAAAAAUUGUCUGUUUAAUUUUUUUGUUUCGAUAAAUCACAGGAGUGAUUAAAAAAACAGGAAAAAAAUAGGGGGAGAUGUACCAGCCCAGCGAUAGGAGAACCUUCGACCACGCCCCGCGUGGGCGAAGGUUCCUCAGUUGGUGGGUUGCUGGUUCCGCGUGUCCCCUCUAUCUCUCCUUAACUCCUGCCUGCCUGUAUUUCCCUGUGUCAAGCAGCUGACAUCCCAAACAGGAAGGUCCAAUACGCCAACCUUUAGAAUUGUAUCUGGAGGGAGUCUCUAGACUCUAAAGGCGGACAUUUGGAAUAAUGCUACACUUUUUUCCCGAUACGGCUCCAACUUAUUCGCUCAAAUCAACUCGUCCAAGAACGCUGAGACCAACUGUUGAGCUCAAAAAGCGCCACAAACACACGAAUCACGACUAGAGAAAUGACAAAAAAGAACUUGAAAAAUGAAAAAUGAUAGUUUUGCUUCUUAUCUUUUGAUCUCCAAGUGGUCCUGUUUUCACUGAGUGCUACUACAUACUGCAUUGGAUGCCUACUUCAUUUUUACUCUUUCCUGUGGCCAAGAAAAACGUGUCUCCCUACAAGGGGCACUUCACUUUUCGUGGCUGAGCUUUCGUGAUUUAUUUGAAACGAAAAACUCAGACUCACCUUUUUCAGAAAGAAUUCGAGGAGGUUCCGAGUCGACCACUGCGCCAAUAAGUCUGCCAAUUCCGAUGGAGAGUAAGUUUUGAGAAAAUCAAUUUGUCGAUAAAAAAAUACUAAAGCGUUCGAAAUUCAAAGUAUUGAGAUAUUACAGCUCACGAACUCCUUGUUCCGGUGCCAUUGCCGGUCGUCGACACUAACAAACCGGAAGGAUUUCUAAAAGAAUGGCCCGGAUAUCACGGGUUAAUUAUAUCUAUUUGUUCUUGAUUUUUCUGAUGAUCAUUCUGGUAUAAAAUGGAACAUAAAAGCCAGAAACAAAAACCAGAGAAGCUGGAAAUCUCUUUUUCUCUGGUCUCUCUCCGGACUUCUCUCUAUCUCUCAAAGUCCCUUCAAGUCGAAGGCAAGAGAUUAUUGUUCCGGGGGAAAAUCCACAAAAUUUAGCUGAAAUUUGUGGCUUCGCAGAACGCUAUUUAUUUCAUGCCGCUGAUCCCGAAUUUGGGCACCAUUUACCCAAUUUUUUCCAGGUACCUUCCCGACCUGGACGCUCGGAAAAUGAUCCGCCACAUUGGCGACUACAUCAUCCGAUUGGAAAACGGUCCGUCGGGAACUAGACAAGGCGAAAUUUAGAAUUUCAGACGAGCAAAACACAUUGAUCAUUUUGAAUGUUGGAGAGGAGUUGGUUGAGGACAGCUUUUGGGAAAUUGAUCCGAAAUCUGAAGACGAUGAAGGUGAAUUUGCCUAUUUUCAAGACUUUCCUUCGAAAAGAAAAACUUUUUAUGAUCGUAAUGGUUGAUUCUCAACAACUUGAAACAGUCUCACACUCCUGUGUUUUUUCCCUCGACAUGAAAAUAGCACGAAAAAAGAGUGUUUGAGAAAAAAAUUAAAUCCGAAAGUUCGUUUACGUUUUUUUAACUGAAGGAGUUGUAGUUUUUCUCAAAGUUUUUCCCAACUAUUUUCGAAAAAGUUUGUAUAUAUGGAUCGAGGGACGUUUUCAAAACCACUUUCUUAUUUUUGAAAAUCCAGCCACGAGCGAGGAGGACGAGGAGGUGCCGGUAGUUGUCCGAACAUAUGUAAUCGAAAACACCGAGUUGGGCUAUUCCAUCGACGUUGAACAUUGUUUCGAAACGGUUGAGAGCCUGCUCUCUUAUUAUGUGUUCCAUCCCGACAAGGUCAGACUUUUUCUGACCAAUUCAAAGCUGUAAAGAGAAAUAUACAACUUGAAACCGCAGAAAAAAUUCAUUCUUUAGUCAGUCCUCGACGUGAAACUGCUCCAUGCUGUCCCUCUCAGGGUGUUUGAGAUCGAAUCGGACGACAUCCAAGAAAAUGAAAGACGUGAGUGACAUCUAUUGUCCGUUCUCGCAACUUGAAAGGAGGAGACUUCUCUGCGCACUCUUCGUCUCUAGGCGACUCUCUCAUGUUUAUGUGCUAAUUCUAUUUUUCUCUGACCUCGCCGGUGAGGGAACGGAGAGACGCAGACACUCGAAUACUGUCAGUUCGCUGCGGGCGAACCCUACUAGGCUUCUCUCAAUUUUUAAAACGGCAAAAAAAGAUUCGAUUCGCGAAAAGAGAAUUGAUAUCCUUACUUCUCUGCGAUUCUCUCGUUUUUACACGGUAUUUUCAUGGUUUAUGACCUCGGCAAAAAGAGACGCAGACGGGUCAGAAUAUUCAAAAUCAAGUUGAAUGGACUAAAUAAUUAUUUUGUUUCUAUUUGACAAGCAAUUAUUCUCUUCGAAGUUAUAUCGUCAUAAAUAGAAAGGCUCGGCACGAAAAUCUUCAAAACACCGGCUUUCUUCUUUGCGCCCGAUUAAAACCAAUCUGCGCGAGAUUCCAUCGGAAAGCAUUAGGAAAAUGGGACUUUGACUUUCUAGAUCUCAUUCUAGUACCAACGCGUUCAAAAUAAGACAAUCUUGUGAAUUUUCAGCUAGGCAGCGGCCAAUUCGGCGAGGUGUAUAUGGCUUUCGUAGAUCGACCUGGAAUACUUGAAGAGACAGCGGCUGUCAAGUCGGUCGGUUUCAAGAACUCGAAAAAGAAAGAGCAUUUUCAAAAGUAUUCUCAGUAUCAUUCAGUUCGAAAGAACUGUAAGCCUAAUUAUGGUAGCUAGUCUCGAAAAACAAAGUUCGAAAGGGCAAGAAAGUCAAUAUUUGAUCCGAUCUCAGGUGAAGCCCGGACUGCCAAAUGCGUCGGAGUUGAGUCAGAAGCUGAUAGACGAAGGAAGAAUCAUGCUGGGCUUGGAGCAUCCGAAUAUUGUGCGGAUGUACGGGUGGUGUCUGGAUGAGCAACCAUUGAAGCUUGUCCUCCAAUUCGUGGCUGGUUAGUUCCGGAAAAAUUCGAUGAAUGAGGUUUUGAAAUUUGAUGUGAGAAAUACUUUGGAAGAAAAAGCUUUCGUUUUUGAGAAACUGUUGGUCAUGAGACUUCGCAUCAAUGAUUGUGAGCAAAAAAAAUAAAGAUAUGAUAAGAAAGAGAAACGAUUCCUAAACGUGGGUAAUUUUUAGUGGCCACUUUAGGGUUCUGCCGUUUUAGUGACCACUUUAGUAGUCGGAAUAGAGGCCAUAAAUGGAACCUAUAGAUAGGGGGCGCAAAGCCCCGCCCCUUCACGCCACCAAAAUGACGAUUUUUUUGUUGCAGAAACGGUUUUGAGGCGUUUAUACUAGCUAAAGUCCCACUUUAAAAAUAAACUGUUUUUGCUAAACUAUGUAAUCGACAACGCUCUACAAGACUGAAAAAUUUUUAAACUAUGUUUUUUCAAAAAUAAGCGAAAAAGUAAGAUUUAACACGAAAAAAACUGACAAGUUUCACAAAAUCGUCGCGUUUCAGAAAGCCAAGUGAGGAACGCUUCUAAAUUUUAAGUAUGUUAUACAUUAACACUUUCUUUAUUUUUUUGAAUAAAAAAAUUAAAAAAAUCUAACGACGCGAAAAAAAUCGAAGCUUGUAAAGUGACACCAAACUUUGAAGCUGAAAUGCGAAAAAAAUUUCAGCGACAUGGUAUACUUUUUUUAUUUGAUUUAAAAAAACUCACAAUGUGUUCAAAAAAAUAAAAAAAUUCAGAAUGAAAAAUAAUUAUUGGGACAGCGAAUCAAAUUAUAUUUGAGUUUUUACCAAAACCUCCUUUUUUUCGUCUGCCUCGUUGACGCAUGAGAGAAUAUGAUCGCGUCUAUAUUUUUUUGCUUAUGUUAUUAAGCGUUCAAAAACUCUAUCUAUGAAAAAAAUUAUGAAAAAAAUCUAACGACGCGAAAAAAAGAACGGCUUUCGAAAAACCUCGAAAAAAAUGGCAAUUUUUUUGAAAUUUUGGAAGAAUUCGUGCAAGCAUUCGUAGCUGUGCUUGCGUCAAACACACCGAUGCGCCAUUUUAAAUGUUGCAGGAGCCGUUUUUUUCGGCGUCAAAUUGCACUUUUUCCUGUUUUAUUUCGAAAUAACAUUAUUUUUUUCAUUUUUUUCUUUCUUCCAAAUCGAAUGAUAAUAAUUUUUUUCAGAUUAGAAAAAAACGAAAAAAAUAAGCUAAAAAAAUUCCUUCUGACCUUUUUUUCUAAGUAGUUUUUUUGAUAUUUUGUCAAAAAAAUUCUUAUGAGGAUUGUACAAAAGAUUCAUACCAAAACAUGAGGCUCAGUUCGGACAACCUCUCAAAACAGAAAACCGAUUCGAAAACGGUUCAGAAAUGCGUAAAAACAUUUAAAAAGAAAGCGUGCGGCAGCGGGUAAACCGUGAGAUUUUGCCUCCAGUUGUACGCCGCGCGCGCUAGUUUUUUGGCCAUAACUUUUUUCUUAGUGGAGCUUUUUUCUAAAACUGAACGGAUUAUGAAAAUGGACAGUCUCCUCUAUCGAACAGUGUAAAAAACAUAUUUUUUGGAUCGUUUUGAAGAAAUGGCUUGCGGACCCUACCUAUAGAAGUGUAAGUGGUACUACCAGAGCACUGUAAACCACUACAGUAUUCCUCAAGAACAGUAGCUUCUAUAGAGGUGUUGUUAGUGACCACUUGAGGUCCUCUCGAUGUUGUCCUUGAGGAACCUUUUAAGUGGCCACUAGAGUUGUUCACAACAUUGUUUAAAAAAAUCAAUUUUGCUCAAUAUUUUUUUGUUUUCAAGUAAAUUUCAUUUUCUUCAAAAGACACCGUUUAAUCUAAUAAAUAUCCUACUUUCUUUUCUAAUCAAAAAGAAAUAUUAAAAGUCCUGAAUGAACGAUCAUUUUUUGCAGGAGGUUCCCUAGACAUCUACCUCAUCAACCACUAUUCGGUGACCAGUACGAAAAGACUGAUAAAGUUUGGAGUGGAUAUCGCUCAAGGGCUGGAGUACCUUCACAGCAAAAACAUAAUACAUCGAGACAUUGCGGCCCGAAAUAUACUUCUAACGUCUGACGGAACGGUCAGAUAUUCAAAUUUCAGGAGUUGUUUGCAAAACUUUUUUGAAAACAAAGCGUUUUUUGCGGAAAAAGUGACUGAAAAUCUCCAAAAAUGUUUUUGUAGGAAUCUCUGAAAAUAAAAAUCUAUACAACAGAAAAAAGGAAUUUGGUGUAGUCCAUUUGCCGCGACUUGAAACAGUCUGAUUUCUCUGCGCCCUCUUUUCUCCCAGAUACACUCCCUUUUUAAGUACGGUUUUCGAAACACGCAUCUUAAAUCCAAAAAAAAAAGAAAAUAGUCCAUUCAGUAAAACUCGAAACUUUCUGUUUUCUCUACACCCUCUCUCCCCUCGUCGACUCUCUCGUUUUCCCAUACUCUUUCCUUUUUUUAUGACCUCACAGGUAAAGAAAUAAGAGCGCAGACAGGUCAGACUGUUUCUAGCAAGAAAGACUUUUUUUUUGAUUUUUGCAAGCUGAAAAGCUGUGAGAACUUUCUGAGCCUCACUUUUUUACCGGAAGUUUAUUUUUCAGCCGAAGAUCUCCGAUUUCGGACUUAGCAUAAAAGGAUCCUUUCACCGGAUGAAGGUAGCGGAGAAACUUCCCUCGCGACAUUUGCCUCCCGAGGUUCUCAACCAGUUUACUUUCUCUCGAAAGUCGGAUGUUUACUCCUUCGGGGUGAGUCUUUUCUCCAACCAGUACUGUACACAAAAACCAUUUGCAGGUGCUCCUCUACGAGGUUUUUGCAGGGGGGCGCAUCCCCUACGCAGGCCUUCUUUCAUCCGAAGUCAAAGCAUGCGUAUGUUUGAUUUAUUUGUUUUUUUCUUUCGCCUGACACAAGUAAAGUAAAUAUACCAGAAAAUGAAAAAAAGAGUCUAAGAUACAUAGAAACUUCAAAAUCCUUUUGAUUAUAUCAAAACAACUAAUAAAGAAUAUUUUUAAAAGCAAUAUAAUUUAUUGUUUUUUUAUGAAAAAGAAAACGAAAUAAAAGGUAAGAAGUCGAAAAUUUAAACUUCACAUUUCCAAACCAAUUCCAGAUACUUUCCGGGAUCUACAAUAUUUUCCCGAGCAGAACACCGCAAAAGUUGGUAGAAUACGUCGAAGAGAACCUUUGGGCAUAUGAUUUCUCCAGAAGGCCCUUAUUUGACGAAGUUUUCCAUGAGUUUUUUUCGAUUUAUUUAUUUUUUGGGAACUUCCAGAUUGUCGAUUAUCUUGAAGCACUGGAAAAAGAAAUUGAGAAGGUCAGUUUCAUUUUCUUUCUGUUUUCUAUGGAAGUUUUCCAGGAUGGGGAGCAUGGCUAUGUGACAGAGGGAGAAAUGGAUGAAGUUUUGGUAAGUUUUUAAAUGGUCGCAUGUGGAAUGGCUCGAGACGCGUCCGGCUUCUAGCGACUUGCGCUCAUGCACAAAACCAGCUUUCAAGUGUCUUUCGAAUCAUUUCACGUGUUCUCCGAAGCAAUGCCCAUGAGAAUCGAGAAAAAACAUAAUUUUGAUAAGUUUCUAAUGAUUAUUGAGCUAACCCCGUUGAACGGAUUCUGUUUGAAAAUGUAUUAUUAAAAAAAGGCGUUUUCGGCUCAAAACAGUUUUGCGAACAAGACUCCAACUUUUGCAGAUCAAUUAUCAUCCUGAUAUUAGAAAGGAGUCUCGCCAGCGCCGCCUUCUCAAACUUCGCAAGGAGGUCAGUUCUUUUUGCCAUUGUUUGAAUUUUAAACCUAGAACUUCUUUCUCAACUUGCCAAAAACAUUUUCAGGAUAGGCUGGAGGAGUUUUGUCCCACUCAAGAGGAGACGGUCUCCAAAAUGACACAGGAAACCGACUGAACACGUUUUCCUUUUUUCUAUUCUUUUGUAAAGAAGGCUGUCUUUUAUUGUUGUUUUAUUCGGUGAUUUCAUAAUUGACUCGUUAGUCUUUUUUUUCUUUUUCUCCAGAGUUUGUCUCGCUGGGUGCGGGAUCGGCUUUUCUGGAUCGUUGUCGUUUUAUCUGCUACUUGGUCUUUUUUGCCGACUAAAUCUAAAAAUGGACUAUUUCUAGCAGGUCGUAGCUUCUCUUAAUUUUUUAUAAAGUACUUCUGCAGUUCCUUUCCACGUUCAUAUUUCUUUUUGACCCCCGGGGAUGUCUGGGCCGUGCCCUACAGCAGUGCAACGCUGAGCCCUUGAGCGGUCGGAGCAAGCUCCGGAUCCAUUCUCGGUUGCAAAAAUAAGUUAACCUAUAUUGUACUCAUUCGAGGACGUACCGUAGGUUAAUACGAUAAGAACAGAUAGGUGAGCCAGCUGCGAUAGAGGUACUGUGAGCAUCCGCUCAGCCCUCCUUCGCCAGGGGAAGAUGAUUUGUGAGUAAGCCUUAGUUCCUGGUCCUCACUCGGACCGCCGAAUAAACGGGUCGGACUAGGUUGCUUCGGAGGUAAUAGCUACACCUAAGGUUUUGUGUCUUGCCGUAGCCACUGGUUGUUGUGGCUACCAACAAGACCCUUGGCGUAACCUGCCCCCUCAGCCCCACUUCUCCUUCAUCCACUUAGCUAAGCUGGAUUCCUCCGUCACGGCCGAAAGCGUUGGCGCUGGAACGCCUUACUCCCGGCCAGAGUUACCCACCCAUAACAUUGCUGUUCUCAUUUUAGCCGCUGCGCGACUUAUGUCCGUUCUCCCUUUUUCGGGACGCCUGUCGGCUGAUGCCUACGGUAAGGACCUUGCUGGCAAGAAUGUUGGCUGA